AUGGCUACCACUACCAUGGCUACCACUACCAUGGCCACCACUACCAUGGCCACCACUACCAUGGCCACCACUACCAUGCCUGCCACUACCAUGCCUGCCACUACCAUGCCUGCCUACCAUGGCUGCCACUAUCAUGGCUGCCUACCAUGGCUGCCACUAUCAUGGCUGCCUACCAUGGCUGCCACUAUCAUGGCUGCCUACCAUGGCUGCCACUAUCAUGGCUACCUACCAUGGCUGCCACUAUCAUAG